AGUUCUAAAAAGAGUAACACAUCACUCAGCGGCUAACUUCCGGUUUGAACUAUGCGUGGUUUGGUUACAGGAUCAACCGAACCUUUUCAGCGUGAUAUUACACUUAUAUCGACUAAAGGGGAGUCUUUGCUAACAUGCUUCUUUUUUGUCCAACCUGCGGGAACGUUUUGAUCGUGGAAGAAGGACAGAAGUGCCUGAGGUUUGCGUGUAACACGUGUCCCUAUAUACACAAUGUCACCAGAAAGGUCAACACCAGGAAGUAUCCCAAGCUUAAGGAGGUGGAUGAUGUCCUGGGUGGAGCUGCUGCUUGGGAGAACGUGGAUUCUACUCCCGAAACCUGUCCGAAAUGUGACCAUCGUCGGGCGUAUUUCAUGCAGAUUCAGACACGAUCUGCAGACGAGCCCAUGACCACUUUCUACAAAUGCUGCAAUGCCCAAUGUGGACACAGAUGGAGAGAUUAACAUGCCUUUUUUUCAAUCUAAAGACAUUUUAUGGUAAAUGUACUUGUGUGAUCCACACUAUGUCUAUUAUUUAAACACACAAUGACAAUAAAGAGCCAGCAAAAAGUGA